AUCGGAAAAUUAAGACUUCUCGUGAGAUUAUUACUUCAGACAUUGGAUAUUGGGAGUUUUCAGAGAGGAUGAAGGUCGCGCUCAUUUUCGUCCUUUGGGGAGUUUUUAAGAACACUGCAGGGGAAUAUUCCGUGGACGUGAAUCUGGUCCGCUACAAUAGGCAACCAGACAGGUGUUGUGAUGGUUUUGUCAUCUGUAACGAAUGUGACGUCUAUAUGAAGGUGUGUCUCUACCCCAGCGGAAUCACCAGUCAGCCAUGUUUUGGAGGAAACAAGGACUAUCGGGUGGAUGACACUCACGGCUUCCUGUUUAAGGACCAAUCAGAUGUUAGACAUCAUUCGCAUUAUAAAUGGAACAACCUCAGAGAAAGCAAGAUAAAUGUAACAGUCGAGAUCGUGGUCUAUGACUAUGAAUUGGUGGUAACUGACACAACUCUCGGAAUCCUCCAGUACACCUAUGUGGGUCCAUUGGUCCAGAACAAGUCCAUCACCACUUUACCGGGACGAAAACAGAUCGAGGUGGAAUUCCUUUUGAGUAUUACAUGUAGUCCACACUAUUAUGGACCAACAUGCUCCAAAUCCUGCGUACCGCGGGGUAAUAUGACAUGUGACAUUAACGGAGAUUUACGAUGCCGUCGAAACCAUUGCGGAGCUGACUGCUGUCUGGAUUGUGUAGCAUCGAGUAACUAUAAAUGCGGUAACAACGGCACAAAGAUAUGUAAGCCAUCCUUCUAUGGACGAGAUUGUUCCAUAAACUGCACCGCACGAGGGAAUCUAACAUGUGACUCUAUGGGCCAGUUGGUUUGCCGUUCCAAUCACUGUGGUCCUGAUUGUUGUAAACACUGCAAAGCACAAGGCAACCACAUUUGUAACAGCAACGGCUCCCUGACAUGUAGACAGAAUUACUACGGUGUAUCGUGCCUGAAGAAGUGUGUUCCGAAUGUCAAUCAGUUUUGUGAUAGUUCUGGGAAUCUUCACUGUAAGUCAACAUUUUAUGGCCCACAGUGUUCCUCUAAAUGCGUUAGAACUGGAAAUCUCACGUGCGACACUGGUGGUCAUCUCGUCUGCAAACCUUCCCACUGCGGAGAAGACUGUUGUGGUAAAUGCAUUGCAAGUGGGAACCAUAUUUGUGAAUCGAAUGGCACUACUGUAUGCAAGCCUUUGUAUUAUGGACAGAAUUGUUCAGUGCUCUGUGUGCCCAAUAUCAACCAAAUUUGUGACUUGAAUGGCAAUCUUACCUGUAAGGCCAAUUAUUAUGGUAUCAAUUGUUCUACAUUUUGCCUUCCUCGUGGCCACGUUAUGUGCGACGAGAACGGAAGUCAUAUAUGUCAGCCAAACUACUGCAGUGAGGAUUGUUGUGGACAAUGUAUUGCUGGCGGGAAUUUUAUAUGCAGCAACGGAACAAAAAUUUGCAAACAGAAUUAUUACGGGAGCAAUUGCAGUGUUAAAUGUAUUCCAAAUCAAAAUCAAAUUUGUGAUAAUAAUGGUGUUUUGAAAUGUAAGCCAACCUUUUACGGUACAAAAUGUUCCAUCAACUGUACACCACAAGGAAACUUAGUCUGUGAUUUGAAUGGUCAUCACGUUUGCAAGACGAAUCACUGUGAUGAGGAUUGCUGUGAAGCUUGUAUUGCGCGUGGAAAUCAGGUCUGUAACAGCACAGGUUCUUUAGUGUGUAAGCAAACCUAUUACGGAAUGAACUGUUCUAAACGUUGUAUUCCACAUGGAAAUAGAGUAUGCGAUCAUUCGGGAAAUUUGAAGUGUAAGGAGACUUUUUACGGAUCUAAUUGUUCCACCAAAUGUGUCGCCGUAGGAAACCUCUCGUGUAAUUCGAAUGGUAUACUUGUUUGCAGUCAGAAUCAUUGUGGCCUUGAUUGCUGUGGUCAAUGUAUCGCAUCCGGGAAUCAGAUUUGUACAACAAACGGUACGCUUAUCUGCAAGCCCGAAUAUUACGGAAUAAACUGUACAACACGAUGCGUAGAAGGUAAAACUACUACAUGUGACUCGAAUGGAAAUAUUACCUGUAAAAGAAAUCAUUUUGGACCACAUUGUGUAGAGUUUUGUAUUCCACGCGAUAAUUUCAUAUGUGACAGUAAGGGUCGCCUUAUUUGUAAACCGGGUUAUUGCGGGUCGGAUUGUUGUGGAAUCUGUGUGGCUUCCGGUCACAAGGUCUGCUCAAGCAACCAGAGCCUUGUAUGUAAAGAUCAUUACUACGGACGUUAUUGUAUGAAGUUCUGUUUAUCAAAAGGAAAUAAAGUUUGCGAUACACAAGGCAAUCUUGUGUGUAAAACAAACUUCUACGGAAGAAAUUGUGAUAUUCUCUGUACAUCGACCGGGAAUUUCACAUGUGAUGAAAACGGUAAUAUCCAAUGUAAACCCCAUCACUGUGGGUCGGACUGCUGUGGAGAUUGCAUUUCCGGUGUUCACAGUAAAUGCGCCAUCAAUGGUACAAAAAUAUGUAAGGACAAUUAUUAUGGGUCCAAAUGUUCCAUCUACUGCAAAGCCGAUCAUCACCAACGCUGUAACAUGAACGGAAAAAUAACUUGUGUAGAUAAUUAUUUUGGAAACAAAUGUCAAACAUACUGCAUUCCUAAAUACAAGAAUCAAAUUUGCAAUUCUCAGGGCAAGUUGGAAUGCGAUUCAUUCUAUUAUGGUGAUGAUUGCAGCAUAUUAUGUACUCCUACUGAGAUUUUUGAGUGUGAUGGUCAGGGUAAAAGACGGUGCAAAAAAACAUACUGCGGGUCAAUCUGUUGUAAGAACUGCAUCGCAACAAACACAACGAUCUGCGAUACAGCCGGGAAUACCAAGUGUAAGGAGACAUAUUAUGGACCUAACUGUACCACCUACUGCAACCCCACGACUAAUUACCACUGUGGAAAAAAUGGCGAAAAGUUAUGCAAUAAAGGAUAUACAGGAAAGAAUUGUCAGGAUACAAGUACUACAUCUACAUUUAUGAUAGCGAGUACAUCUCCAGCUUCUUCCAUUACCUCUCCAAGGACCACACAAUCAGGGACGACGGGGUCUUAUACUAAAACAAGAACUGAAACAACAGCAGCCUCCACAACAACUAAAGCACCAUCAAUCACCACCACAAAAACUGCAGCCCUAAAAUCCUCAACAAUAACUGAAGUAUUAACAACUUCCUCACCAACAAAGACAACCACAAGUAAACCCUUAAACAAGUUCUCCACCACCACACCAAGCCAGCCUCCCCUUCAUACAUCAGGAAGGAUGUCUCAAUCAACGAUACGAGGGGUGGGAAGAGUGACUUCCACACCAGUUCAACAUCAUCCCAAUGCCCAGCGUACCUCGACGACAGGUUCAUUAUACGCCCCCAGUCAAACUGCAGUGGACAACAAAAGCUGGGUUGAGAAACACUUGCCUGCUGUUGGAGGAUGCAUCGGGACAGCAGUAGUGGUACUUGUCAUUGUGAUAUUUGUGGUGCUGCGCUUGAAGAAGCAAAGAAAACGUCCGACUGCUGAAAAGACGAAGAUAUUUGGCGACAAUAGCGUUGGGUUUCAAGAUAACCUUGAUCUCAACGUGAUAGACCAAGAAGAGGCUGCAACGUUUGACAAUCUAACUUACGGUACAACGAAAUCGGUAUCGAUCAUCCCAAAACAAGAGGUUGUCCAAUCAAAUGUCUCAUUACAAUUGGCGGACGCCGCUAGUGUAAACAGUAUGGAAGUUUGACAAGUUGUUAUACAAACAUUUCGCUGGCUAUACCAUUCAAUGGACAUAUAAUUUUCACUUUGCAUUUGUUAUUGUUUGGGUUUUUUUUUCAUUUAAAGUUUUCUUCUUCAAUGGGGGCCUCAACUAUGAUAUUCAAAUGCUAUUGAGACAUCAUAGACAUAAUCAUUCCUUUUCCGGACAGAAUAAGAAAAAGAGAAAGUAUAGAAAUACAUAUGUCUGCUAAACAUCAAAUGUUAAUUUCUAAAACUACAUGUAUAAUCAAUAAUAAACAAUAGUUGCUCUCUCUCUCUCUCUCUCUCUCUCUCUCUCUCUCUCUCUCUCUCUCUAACAAUGUCAUGCAAUACGUGUGGAAAAAUAAAUAGACACUACAACUCAUUUUCCACAUUUUAAUCAGCUUUCAUUUUUAAAAACACGUAUCAAUAUUAAAUGAUAGAAAUCAUAUAGAUACUGAUAAUUUAUAACAAUUUGAAUGUAUCAAUUUGCUCUCCAUUGCGCUUUGAAGAAGGGGAUUAUUUUAUAAGAAGGGUAUUAUUCCCUGCUUCUGAUGAUUAAGUAAUUAUAAAUGAUUAUUCUAACGGAAACCCUUCCAUGCAUUUUUUAAAACUAACACGUGACUAGUUCAGAUAAAAUAGCACUUACUUCUUGGCUACUGAUCCCCAGGUAAACUUUAUCCUCAUCCGUAUAUAUCCUGUUCUAUUCUAACCCCCUAUCUCGAAUAAUUUGUCAAACUUUUGGUAUCCACUGUAUGCUUUCUCUUACUGGACGACAUGCUACCCUGUUCACCGUCAGUAUGCGAGGAGUCUCGAUAUAUUUUUUACAGGGCCGUGUCAAAAAGUAUGUAUUUUUGCGUUUGAAGGAGAUUUUUCAACUUUCGAAGUGUGAUUUUUCUCGCAAAGCUUAUGCAUUCAACUAUGUGACAAAAUUUGAGAAAACUCUGGUAAAAUUGUAAUUUUACGAUUCGUUUUCGCAAAAUCAGCUGUAGUUUCUCUUUUAAUUGACCAAAUGUAUGUGGUUAUGCUCAAACAGUAGAAAGUAUUGCUAAAACAGUUAAGAAAGACCUUAUGUUCUCCUUUAAUACAAUGCUAUUUUGAUUAUGUCUGUUCUUCUUGGUAUUGUGGUAUUGGCAAACAACUUGAACAAAAAUUGUAAGUAACCCAAAACAAAGUUGUCAGAUUAAUUUUAAAUAUAGGUCCUAGAGCUAGCAUUUCUAGUGACAUUCUAGACUCUUUGGGCGUGUUAAAAGUGGAUGACAGAGCUACUCAACUAAGAUUGAACCAUGUAUUUAAUAUAUUUCAUGGUAAAGCCCCACAUUAUCUCUAUGAUCGAUUUGUUCUAAACAAUAAUACUACUAGAAGUGCUACAAACAAAAUUUUUUAUCAUACCUAAGAUAAAAAGCAAAGAAUCUUCUUGUUUGGUUUUUUACAGUGAUAUCAAAGAUUGGAAUAAUUUACCUUUAAAUACAAAAGAGUUGGCAACUAAGCAAACUUUUUUUUAAAAAGCUGUAAAGUCCUUAUUAGCCAACAAGGCAAGGGGCAUAACCAGAUAGCAUGUCCAAUUUUGUUCAAUACUUACUAGUGGUUUUUUUUUUAACACUAGUAUGUCUGAAGCUUGUCAUUUUUCAAUGCAUUAUGCAACUAUUAAUCAAACCUGCCAAAAUUCCAAUUGUUAGUCAUGUAAUGUUUAUUGUUUUUGUCUGUUGAUCAUAUAUAUUGUAUAAAUAUAAGGACCCCAUUUAAAAUAAUAAGCUAAUUUAAGCUUUUAUGGGUUAUCCUAGGUUAAGAUACCAUCAUUUGUCAUGUUAUUCAUACAGUCACUUAUUCUUUAACUGUUAUAACUGCAUAGUGCUAUAGAUUAUGCCAGGUUUCAAUUUGUUAUUUUAAAUUUACAAUCAUGACACUCUGUGAUAUUUUAUACCUGAAUAAAAUGAAAAACAAUUCAUGAA